AUGACAGUUAUCAUCGCAAUCUUGUUUGUGAUUGGGCUGGUACAAAUUUGCCAGUGUGCAAAUGAACAACGGUUCGUGGAAACGUUCUACUUGGCUGAAAACCGUGCGUUACUGAAUAACGUAUUUCACUGGAAGACAGUAUCCUCACCCGUGAUUUGUGGGCGAGACUGCUCUAAGAACCAGAACUGUGACUCAUUCAACUAUCACAUCACAAAACAUAUAUGUGUGAUGAAUAAUGCCACCAGAGCUCAGAGCCGAGAUGACUUUGUGAAAAUGCUAGGAAGUGUUUACUAUGAUGACAAUGUGAACAACACUACGUUCUUAGCACCCAGCAGUGAAAGUAACAUCAGUUGUAUGGAGAUGCAUCAAGCUGGUUACCGUGAGAAUUGCAGCUUUCCUACAAGUCUGACUGAUGGGAUACAGGAAAACGGUAACACAGAUACAGAUGGAGGAGGCUGGACCGUCAUCCAGAGGAGACAAGAUGGCUCUGUUGACUUUUACCGUACCUGGGACGAAUACCAAACCGGGUUUGGUGAUCUGCUUAAUGAGUUCUGGUUGGGGAAUGAUAUCUUGCGUGACCUUACUGGGUCAGGUCAAUGGGAGCUCAGAGUAGAAAUGGAAGAUUGGGAGUCCAACACAGCUUGGGCUUCUUACGGUGAGUUUGCUGUUACUGGAGACAUGAACACUCUCCAUGUUGGUUCGUACGACACUCAGAGUACAGCAGGUGAUUCCAUGGCAUCUCAUAAUGGCAAAGCAUUCUCGACGAAAGAUAAUGACAAUGAUGAUAACAAACAUAACGAUUGUGCCCAGUCUAAUGAAGGUGCAUGGUGGUUUGGUUACUGCCAUGAAGCUCAUCUGAACGGUAAAUACUUUCCCCAGGGAGAAUUUUCCGGUGGAAAAGGAAUUGAAUGGGUAGGAUGGACAGGACGAGGAUACUCACUGAAGAAAUGUACCAUGAAAAUACGGCAAGUUUCGUAA